AUGUUUGGCCCGAUAACCGCGGUGGAUGAGAGGGCUUCUGCCGGGAACCAGUCUCCGAACUGCAUAGAUCUUAUAUUCGGUCUAUGCUACAUAAGACUUGGAUUGGUCAGAGGGAUCUUCGAUGCAAAAAAGCGCCUUUUCGUACAAGAGCCCUCCCCACCUCGACGUGAUAAAUCCUUUACGGAAUUCGGUAAAUGUUCGAGCUCUUUCAGAAGCGCAUCUUGGUCGCCACACUUUCGUGCCGAGUCAAAAUCGAUUAAAACAGCCUGCGAAUCACGAAUAAGAAAGUUGAAUUGGUCCCGAGGGCCAGCAUGUCUAGCAUCCUUGAUGCGUUCCAUCAAGAAUCCGAAGCACGCGGCCAUCUUCCGUCAAAUGGCCAAGGAAUCGUGGGCCGAUAUCAUAGCCCUCAAUUCAUUGCCACAACCACGUCGAACAAAUUGCAUCUGA